GUUGAUCUGAUUUAAAUAUCUGCUGUUGUUUAAACAGUGACCAGGUGAACAGGUCAAAGACAAUUGACCUUUCUACAAAACAGCUGAAGUUACAGUGGUUUGGGUUUCAACUUUGAAAAUCAAAGCUGAAAUUGGUGAUGGACACAGUGAAGCUUGCAUCAUAGAUAAGAAGAAAACACCUAUGAAGACACCUAUUGAGAGAGAAAUCUGGUUCUAAUUAACAGUGAACUGAGCAGAUUCUGUGGAUAGAUUUCUUCAAGUUGUGUUCUAUUCUCAAUUUCUCUCUAUUAGUUCAGUUAAGUCCAAAAUGGAAGAAGCUAGGCAAUACUUCCCAUUUGAAAUGUUACCUGACCUUUGCAAGCAAAAGAUCUUCUCUUACCUGAAUGCUGUGGAUAAAGGCCACUCAGCACAGGUGUGUACUAAUUGGCGAGAUCUCAUGUCUUCGUCUGUUUGGGACACAAUUGAUCUUUCAUCAGACUUAGGAUUCGGGUGUCUUCCAUCUGCAAAUCAUUCAGUGGAUGGCAAAGAGUGCCAUGAAUGUUAUUGCAAGAGAGUUAAUGACUUCUUCAUCUAUCUCAACCGAAUACAGCCUACCAUACGUCGUUUAGAUUUUUAUUUUGAUAUCGGAGACAUAAACAAUAACAGUAACAACUACCUAGACAAUAUCCAGCGUGGACUAAUUCCAUCACUCUGUAAGCACUUGCGUUAUGUCCGUGUGAACUGGAAGGACUCACGAGACCGAUGGCUUGAUCCUGGUCACCAGCCAGAUCAAGAUGCCGUGUACAGCUACAAACUGCAUCUACGACGGUUCACACAUUUCUUUGAGUAUUUCACAACAAUUGUACCAUCUCUCACCACUUUAAUUCUGCCAUUUGAUUGGAACCAAAAGACAAUACAAAGCUUAACUCGGCUCAAGAGCCUUCAGUCACUAGUCUUGAAACGAGUUGUCUGUAGUCAAUCUCUAAUGCAGAGCCACUUGGAUCUCGUUCUCUCAGAGCUUCCAUCUUUGAAACAGUUGCUCUUAGAAGUGUGGUUACCAAGUGGGGAUGGACUGAUUCCAUACACACUAAAAUCUGAUUCACUAGAAAAUUUGGACAUUUCUGAAAGUCAUGGACUUUAUCUAAAUCAUGUGGAUAUGCCUCAUUUGAAAGGCAUUCGUAUCGCACGUCACAUUUUACAUGGACCCUUAAAAACAUUCAACAGAUUAAAUCUGCCGUGUUUGCACUAUGUAUUGUCAAAUGGGGCACCUGCACUCUCAAAAAUUAACGAUCAUUAUCUUCAACCUAAUUGGCGCCAUGAAAUUUAUGUGACUUUGGAAGAAGUGCUUCGGGCAGUCUGUUCUUGCCGAAACCAUCUCACUGAUUUAAUUGUGUGAGUGUUGUUAGAAGGUACCACAAUUUGUUUUUAAUCUUUACAAACAGGUGUUGUAAGGAAAGGUGUAACUGCAAAUAAGCAUAAAAAAAAAAUAGAGAGAGAGAGAGACAGAGAGAAAAUGCAGAGGAAAUGAAUUUGAAAUAUGCAAACAAUUGAAUGCUCGAAUGAAUGUGUAUGGUUUUAUUUUCACAAACAUAUAUGCACAUGCAUGUGUACACACAUAUACAUACAUAUAUAGAUAUAUGCAUUGAAUAAUGAAUGUACACCUUUGUGCAUAUACAUACAUGCAUAUAUUUAUCAAUUUACAUCACUUUUUGUCAAAAUAAUGUGUGUAUGCAUACAUGUGUCUGUAUAAGUGUAUGUGUGUACAAAGUGUAUAUGUAGAGGACAAAUAUAUGUUUUAAUAUAUCAGCUGUUUUUCAGUUGCACAUUAUAUCUACUAACGAUAUACUCAUAUACAUCUACUUUUAUGUUUAUGCAUAAACACACUCUUAUACACACACAUACCAUUUAUGUAUGUAUUAUCAUGCAAGUGUACACAAAUAUACAUUCUUGUGUAUAUGAAUGUAGAAACUAUUCUCUGUGCAUAGACAUGCAAACCGAAAAUCGUGUGUGUAUAUGAACAAGCAUGUGCAAAUGUGUGUAGACAUUAAAUUUUAUGCAUUAUAUAUAUAUGGGAAAUCCCUUCAUGUCAUUUUGGGGUGGUUUUGUUGUACUGCUCACAAAUUAAUAAUCUAUUCCUAAACAUAACGACAGUGAAUUGGGCUAGAAACUUCCAGAACAUCUUAAUUUCCAGCCAUACUCCAUAUCACCUGUGUCUUCGCUGUUUUGUUUUCUUUGCAUUGUUUUUCAUCUUCCACCUGUCUACAAUAUUUCAUAUCAUUUUUACCACAAAAGACUGGAGCACCUCUGUUUCAUAAUUACAACAAAUAUAGUUUAUACACAUAGACACAUAAGUGUAUGUAUGUGUCCACGUAGCUGGAUAAAUAUUCUUAAUUUGUGGGUAAUCAAAUAUACCAUCAGUUUCAUGCCGAGAGAAAUCUUUCAACAAUUAUCAAUUUUUCCAACAUUCCAUGUGGAAGGCUUUAUAAUUGUUGAGAGAUUUCUCUCUGCAUGAAACCAAUGGUAGUCUUGUUAACCCACAAAUAAGUAAAUAUUAUAUAUACACACCCCAUACAUUUUAUCUUUCAGCUUACAUGUAGUGUUAGACAUUACCAAGGUCAUUGAUUUUGGUAGUUUUUCUAAUUGUAUUGCAUUCCCUACUGUUGUACAAUAGAGAAUGAGAUGACCUGUGUGUGUGUGGAUAUUUCUGUCUGUUUCUGCACUUGUAAACUCUCCAAGAGCAAAAGUAAUAAUGAAGCAAAAUAUAGAGAUUUAACCAUAUAUCUCUUGCUUACUCAAAAUAUACCAACCUUGGCACCAUCAAAUUACACCUUUUCUCUUUAAUCAAAUUAAGCUGCAUAUGCUUAUCUGAUGUAUUAGGGAUGUAGUAGGUAGCAGCUUUAACUUUUCCUUACUCUCAAAUUAUUGUUUACAAAUACUGUUAACUGUUCAAUGUGGAGGCCCAGUGGUUAGGGCAGCGGAAUUUGCAGUCAUAGGAUCGCGGUUUUGAUUCCCAGACCGGGCAUUAUGAGUUUAUUGAGCGAAAAUACCUAAAGCUCCACGAGGCUCCGGCAAGGGAUGGUGGUGAACCCUGCUGUACUCUUCCACCACAACUUUCUCACCUGUUUCUGCUGUGCCUGUAAUUCAAAGGGUCAGCCUUGUUACAGUGUCACGCUGAAUAUCCCUGAGAACUACGUUAAGGGUACACGUGUCUGUGGAGUGCUCAGCCACUUACAUGUUAAUUUCACGAGCAGGCUGUUCCGUUGAUCGGAUCAACUGGAACCCUUGACGGAGUGCCAAGAACAAUAACUGUUCAAUAUUGUUUUAUGAGAAAAAAAAACAAAAAUCUUUGUUAAUUUAUUUAAAUGUGUGUGUAAGGCAGUGAGCUGGCAGAACCAUUAGCAUGUCAGGCAAAAUGUCUGUCUUUAUAUUCUGAGUUCAAAUGCCACCAAGGUUGACUUCGCCUUUCAUCCCUUCAGGGUCGAUAAAAUAAACACCUAUUCAGCAAUUGGAGUCGAUGUAAUUGAUUUACUUCCUCCCACCCAAAUUGCUGCCCUUGUGUCAAAAUUUGAAACCAGUUUAUUUAUUUGUGUGUGUGUGUAUGUAUGUGUGGUGGGAAUAUAAUAUAGUUAGGAAAAUACCAAGUCUAUUGGCUUUUCCAUAGUAAUCCUUUCAUCUGUUGGUUGUCCUGUUUUUCUAAAAGACAUUUCCAUUUCUCUUCUUCCUUGAAAGUUAAUUCUGGGGGUUAGUGUCUCCAUAAUUACAUUAUUCAUAAUAUUUCAAAUAAUUGAAAAUGGCACUGCUAAUGAAGGUAGUUUUAUGGUGUCCAGUUCAGAGGAUUCAGUUCUCACCUCCAAUGUUUCAAUCCCAGAUGGAGUGAGGGCGGGUGCAACUUAUGCAUUUAUUUUAUUUAUUUUUUUAAAUAACCAAAAUUUUACUUAAGCGUGGUACAUGUCAUCAUAUCUUUUAUUAACAGUGGGGGCACAACACUGGCUUGUACCAUGAUUUGAACUUGUGUCCUUAUGGCCAGUAAUAAAGCACCUUACCCUCACAACCAUUGGGUGUCAUGGUGAGUCUGAUAAAUCAUUGAAUCAUCUUCAUAGAUUCCUGUAGCAAGGACAAGUCUGUUUGGCUGUGCUAAUCUCUCUGCUUUAGGUAACCACAAGAACUAAUGAACCACCUUGCAGUACUGUUGUCACUUGCUAGAAAUAUCAGAUAAAUCUCCCUUAAAUCACAGUACUGUAUCUUGAAAAAGAGUACACACUAAACAGUAUACUCCUGGAUAUAUGAAAGGACAAGAUUGGUCAGAUGAAAUGCAUUUGAUCAUCAGUCUGCUUGAUCAGAUCUGACCUGGAGGUAAACAACAAUAGUGGGGUUGGUUUUACUUUGUAAUGCAUGUUUACCACUGAAUGAACUCUAACAAAUAAUAUCGACUGCUAUAAUAAUAAUAAUAAUAAUAAUAAUAAUAAUUGUAUUACAAUGGUAGUGAAUGAAAUGACAACCUAACAGUUGUCGUCUACUUUUAUUGACUUUGCCAUUCAUACUUGAACAUCAUUAAUUGAAAUUGAAAGAAAAACUACGUUUCUGUCUAGCAAAGAUGUUUUUAUUAUGUAAGACAGUUUUUUGAAAACAGUAAUUUUAUGAUUCCAGACCUGGAUAAUCUUAUCUAUAAAAGGCAGAUUUUCUCUGUGUGUGUAUAUGUUUAAAAUUCAUACAUUUACACUAUUCCAAAUUUCUUGGAUGAAAGUAUUGGAAUUAAUAUUCUAAAUACCAUAACUUAGGUCACAGCGUCAUUUUUUCCAUCAAAAUAACUCCCAAUUACGAAUAAAAUCCAUAAAACUACAUACAAAAUCAUUUUCCCCUCUAAAACAAUCUAAUUUACUCUUCCUACUCCUAUUACAAAUCGUUUCAGUUGCUACUUUCUCUUAUAAACGUUUACGAACAAUCCAAGAAAAAAGACAAAGAAACAAAGGAAAAAGAGUGAGAGUCAAAUAAACAGACACACUACCAAUCAUACGUAAAUACACACAUAUAUAUGUACCUAUGGUUACCAAUGACCUCAUUCUAAUUGGCGGGAAUUGUAAGUUCACUUUCCAUUUCUAACUCCGUCCUUCACCAUGAUAACAACAAAAACAAAUAGCGAGACAUCAAAUACGACCGACAAACAUUUAUUCCCUACAAAUGAGCUGCAGGUAGAAGUGAAUAUUGUGUUCUAGGCAUUGCUGUAGGUACUUUGAACAUAUCACAAUUGGGGGUUAGUAUCACAUUGUACUUUAAAAAGAAAACAAAACAAAAAAAACCCUGUUAUCUGACGGAGUUUCUUUCUAGCCAACAGCAUAAAAGAAUUGGUCCAUAUUGAGAUUUUGUUGAAUCCAUUUUUUUUCUUUCUUCUUGUUCACUGCUGCCUCAGCCAUUGGAUUUCUUAUCUGUUAAUCAUAUUCACCCACCUUCCAACAUUUUUCACUCUUUCUCUAUUUCAUGCAGGCAUAAAUUUGUACAUGAGUGCAUACACACACACACAAUCAUUCGUCCAUUCCUUUGUGAACAAUAUCCUCCUGAAACGUAUCUCAAGAGAAGUUCAUCAACAGUUAAAUGCAAAGUAAAUUGAGCAAGUGAAAGUAAUUAUUUGUACGUUCAGCAGUCAAACGUUUGUAUCUCACUAUAAAGAUGAUUACAACUGCCACUUCCAGAAAGCUGUACCUGAUUGUUGUUGAUGGUUAAAUUGCAGGAAGCUUAUAUCCACCCUGUGCUUCUUGGCAUGAGGCAAAGGAAUAACAAAUGAAAAAGCUAAUCUUUUAAUAGCAUCAUCUUUAACCCUGAUUCUGAUGGCAGCAAAGUUUUCUUUAAGUCCCGAUGUGUCAAUAUAUGACUGACUUGCAUUUAAUACUUCAUUGUGAUAGCUGAAACUGGCCACUUGUGAUAAAAACUGUUUGUGGAUAAUUUAUUUAGCAACUUUAUUAACUGCAAUAAUCCUUAAAGCUUUCAUUUGAAUUGAGUCAAGUUGACAAAAUAUCUAAAAAUUCCCAAAACAUACUCCCACAUCAUUUCUGAAAGUGACCCAUACUAACAGAGAUACCUCUACCCCCACCCACCCUUUAUAAAUCUUAAAUUCAAGUGGUUAUCUCUUAUUUAAGGAAUCAUUUUAUUAAAAAAUUACAAAAUCGUUUUUUAGGUAUAUGUCUGUAUGGGGAUGGGAUUUAGAAAUGGAAGCAAAUUUGCAUAUUCUGUGUCUGUAAAACUGAACUUACAAGUUUAUUUCAUAGUGGCAGUUCAUAGGUGCAUGUAUGUGUGUGUGUGUGUGUGUGUGUGUGUGCAUAUAUAUAUAUAUAUGAAGUUCACAGUUGUGAAGUUGGAGUGCUUAUUCAUAGAAGCCUAACAACAAGCUUACCAUUUCAGCCUAUAUUCCAAUAGUUUUUGAAAAAUUCUAAUUUAUUAUACACAAAUGUUUGCAUGUGUCUAUGUAUGUAUGUAAUAGAUUUUAAGAUUUUUCAGAGCCUAUUAUAAUAAAGACGUCUGUAUAUGUACCUAAAUAUGGUAAAUUGUGACAGCUAGGUAAAUUGAUCUUGCAUCUCAAAGGUUAUUGACUGAGGGCAUAAUGCAUGAUAGAUUCCAAAGCAUUCAGUGACAGAGGACUAGUUUCUGCAGGGAAGGACCUUAGUUGACCGAAUCAACCUCAGCUUAUUACUGGUAUUUGUCAAUACUGGUUGACCUUUAUUAAAGUUUGAACCAAGACUGAAGAAAGAGAUGAAACUAAACACAAUAGGGCAUUUAAUCUUGUACUUUACUCUUUCUGCCAACCUAUCUUUUUUUUUUUUAUGAUCACUCUUCAGGAUUGUCUGGGUGCUCUACUCAAUGUCUGCUUGUUGAGAAUCCUCAGAGCUCCAUCUUCAGCCUGGUGCAAAAUGGAAGCAAUAUUACAUCCUGUCUUAAAGGCGGUGGGUUGGUAGAAUCAUUAGCAAGUCAGGCAAAUUGCUUAGCAGCAUUUUGUCCGUCUUUAUGUUCUGAGUUCAAAUUUCACCAAGGUCAACUUGGCCUUUUAUCUUAUCAUGGUCAAUAAAGUACCAGUUGAACACUGGGGUUGAUGCAAUCAAGUUCCCCCUCCCCAAAUUGCUGGCCAUGUGCCAAAAUUUGAAACCAAAUAUUACAUCCUGUCUAAUUAAAAUAUUCUGUCCGUUCGUUGCUCCAAUCCUCACAUUGACCCCCAAAGAGUGGUGCUUUCAGGAUUGUAUCACCACUGACAGAAUGACUGGAUCAUUUGAAAGGUGGAUGUAUUCAACCUAGAUACAAUGUAGUACUGAGUAAAGCUAGUGACUUGAAACUGACUUCUAGGCUCAUUGUUCAGUUCACUGCCAAGUCUAUCAUCCAUGCACAAUGUAUGUUGUUGGAAACAGGUGGGUAGGAGUGAAUGAAUGGAUGAGAAACUGGAUGGAAUCUUAAUCCUUUGUAAUCAAUCUAGAAUUAGUUAAUCAGCUCAAAGUAAGACAAUGUAGGUUAGAGAAUACCUGACACUCUCUCUCUAGUGCUAGUUCCAUCUUGUAUAAAAUGCACCCAGGAUACUCUGUCAAGUAAGUAUUAGGAAUGGCAUCUAGUCAUAGAAAACAUGCAGGUAAUGGAACAGCUGAGCAAGACUUGUUCAUCCUACUGAUCUAAGGUGGCAGUGAAUCAAACUCUCAUUAUUAACGUCUUCUUUACAUUCUGCAUUAAUAAAUUGACCCUUUUUCACUUUGUGAUGAAUUAUUAAGUAAACCCCUAAAACUAAACUGACAUGGUGUUUAAAAAACAAAAAAAUGAUAAUGUAUCUUAAAUACUGAGUGUGUUGUAGGUGGUGUUGGCACCACUAUUUCAGAGGGGAGGUAACAAGGACACAGAUUAAGAGAGUGAAGAGGAUAUGGGUUUUUUUUUUCUUUCUUUCUUUGUUAGUAUUUUAAAACUUUUCUGGAAAUUUUUAAAAGGUAAGCAGCAUUAAUUACCACCACAGUGUUUCUUUAAAGUCAAAAGGAACGGUAAACUGAAAAAGAAUCUAAGAGUCACUACUUCCUUUUUAUCUAGUGAAAUACUCCUAUACUGCACAAAAAUCUCAUAUGCUUAAUUUUUACAUUUCUUGACAUCUAUGAGGAAAGAACCCAGAUACUGAGGAAUGAAAUGAUCUUACAUUGUUUGUUUCCUCUCUUCCAGACCCACCACCCCAUCUCCAUGUCUUUGGGACAAUGGUAUCAUUACACAAUUUCUUCAUUUCACCAUUUUUAAUUUUCCUUUAGCUAAUUCAUUGGAUCUAAUUUUUUAAUAUUUUUACUUUAACUUAUAUACUCUCUUCUUCCAUCUGUUCUGUAGAGUGGGAGGGAGAUUGAUCUUUUGACUUUCCUCUGAAGAAAAUGGCUCUGUUCUAUAUACAUAAGUGCAUGUUUGUAUCUACGUUUGUAUAUUCAUACUUGCCUGUCACAAUCCCAGUCUCCACUCCCUACAUUCUGUGUAAAAACAUUGUAUAAAUCAAACAGAAAAAAAAAACUGACCUUUUUUUUUUUUU